GUCUGUGUCUCCGUAGCCCCCAGAUGUGCACAAUAAUGCGCUUUCCACAACGCAAGUUCUUCAUCCCGCUGCUUGUGUUAUUUCUGGGAGCCACUCAGCUUCACCGUGCCGGUUCACUGCCAGCUGCAAGCACGGCACCUGAUAACGAAAAUCACUAUCGGAGUAGUCAUGAUAUAACCUUGUACCCGCACCGACUGCGUCCCCAUAGUAUGUUUCAGUUAUCUCAGGAGACGCUUGGCGAAUACGAGGAUGCUAGGGAGUACACAGAGGAACCGAACUUGAGCCUCGAUAUUACGGAAACCGUUGCUCUCACCGUGACAACCUCACCAACUACCGAAGAAGCGGAGAAGUCAACGAGGCCUUCUACCAAGGGUACUAGUGGAGCACCAGUAUUCCAUAAGGGUACGACAAAAGCAAGAAACUCGAAAAGGUCUACCUCAAGGAGUUCCACGGUAUCCGAUGACGUCACCCAGCGAAUGAUUGCCAAGAGACACGGGCGGAUUCCACAGCCUACGGAAUUCGAGUUGUGCAACACUACAUUCUGUGCCGCCGAAGGGAAGAAACUUGCGGUCUCCUUCAGCCGCUGCUGUCACCCCUGCACAAAUUUCUACGGCUAUGUCUGCACGAAGGGUUGGGACUUCGCGAAUGAAGACCACGACUACACUGACUCUGACAGUGUGUUGUCUAGAACAAUUGAAUUGAGGCUGAAGGCUGUAUUAGACAACCCAGUGAAAGAGACGCCAGCACCUCUCGUCAGCCUUUGGAAUGCUUGCAAGCAUCCAACAAAACCGCCAUCUGUAUCGGACAUGCAGAAGAUAAUGGCCUCCGUAGGAUACGACCCGCUCCGGACGCCAGUUAUACCCGACAGCGUCUUGCAAACAGCUGCCGAUGUCAUGAACAAGAUUAACAUCGCACCGCUCGUUUUUAUCCAAGUCAACAAGGACCCAAGAAAUAAUUCAAAAUGGAUGAUAGUAUUGGAUGAACCAACGGUCCUGGUACGCGCAGACGACGCUGUGGCAAAGGAAAGCCAAAUACACGAAAUGCUCUCCAGGCUGGCUUGCGUUUAUGUCUCCCUGACCUGCGGGCACCCCAGCAACACCGACACGUGCUUUGAACUGGCUUCUAUAAUAAUUGAAAUGGCAAAGGAAAGCACACUCCACGUUCACAGAAGGGGUACCAAGUUUCAAAUCGUACCCUAUUCCAAGUUGGGGUAUUUGCACCACUUCAUUGCGACCGUAAUGGGUACCACACAUCCUCUCGAUGCCAAAAAAACUGAGCUUUUGGUAAAAUCACCGCACUUCGUGAAAAGCCAUCUCGAAAGACUUCUCCUCACAAAAGCGAAUGCUCUCUACAAAUAUAUGGGAUUCCACAUCAUGGUUCACUUAGCUCCCUUUCUGGGAAUAGACGAGCUUCUGCCCACGUCACUGUUCGCUUUGAGUGGUAAAAUGUGGCGAAACCCUCCCAAGUGGAGAGUGUGCCUUCACCUAUUGAACCACGUUUUGCCAGUUUUAGUGACGAAAGCGUACGAGGCGCCGUUUCAGAAUGCAACGGGCUUCGAUGAGCUGACGGGUUCCAUGCUGGCGGAUCAGAUUCACAGCGUCUUUAUGGAGAUGCUUCCUAAUGAUUGGUUGGUUGACACGUCGACGAGAAAGAGGAUGAAAAAUCUCAACCUAUACACUUUCUUUCCCCUGCGUCUGUCAACGACCGAAGAAGUUCGAACAUUUUCUAAUCAGAUCGCGGCGGCUGUUCCGCCCGAGCAUAACAGGCUCGAGUAUUUCUUGGACAUGUGCCAAUAUACGGCCGGCUAUUGGAAAACACCGGGGUACCUGAACUUCUAUCACCACAGGUGGUCGCGAUCAGUCUUUGACACGAGAUGCGAAUACGUCUUGUCAGAUAAUGCAGUCAUUGUUCCAAUCGGGCUCUUUAAUACUUCAGUUCCCACAUCGACGAAAGAAAAAAUGUUCCACCUUCCUAUGAUCGCACCACGAAUAGCCAAGUGUCUCUUCGAAGCAGCAUUCCAGAGUCUUGCAUUCUCUAAUCCGGAAAAGCUAAAGUGGACUCGACGUUCCGAAAAACUGUACCGACAGAAGUUGAUAUGCUUUUCAAAGCAGUAUAAACAUGUGCAUAAUGAGAUAUCCCAGCUGUAUUCCAGCGCAGAAGAUAAUGCUGCUCUUGCCCUGGCAUUUGAAGUAUACGAAGACCAUUUAUUUGCUAACAGAUAUUUCGAUCUGGAUUACAGACUGGAGGGUUUGGCCAAUGUUACUUCGAGACAACUCUUCUUCAUUCUUUAUGCUCGGAGUCUUUGUGAAGUUAUACCUCCGGGCACAACGGCGAGGGCUGACCGAGAAAACAGGGUAAACAUUCCGUUGAAGAAUCAUCCAGAGUUUGCCGACGCUUUCAACUGCCCUCUGGAUUCGGAGAUGAACCCAACACACAAGUGUCGCUUAUGGGAAUAAAUGAUUCGAUGCAAUU